AGAUACUGGAGUUCAUAUGCAUAAUUAAAAACAAAUCCCAUCCAAGGUACAGGAUCACAACAACAAUACCAGUCUGUCAAAAUCCAAAAGGCAGUUCAGAACACAUGUAACAAAUUAAAAUCGAAAUCUAUUACCACAUAAGGGUGGAGCCGAAAACCAUGAACUAGGAUAGACAAAUCCACAGUACACAAAUCAGCUCUUAGAGCUGCACGUGGGAUGACAAGUCUUCACAAUGUGCUGACUAUUUAUACAUAAGCAGGAAAUAUGAACCAGGUUUAAAUGAUUGUAUGCUUUCAGAAGCUUUAGGAAUACUGUGGGAACACGGCUCUGUUUGUGUCCCUGCAGACCUCCUGACAGUUUCCAGCUCCCCGGAGGAGUAAUUUGCCAUUAGGGAAGUGCACACAAUAUACAACGAAAUGUCUGAACAGGGCUUCUCUGCUUCCACACUACUAAAGCGCUAUCGUCUGGCCAUGACAGAGGCAAACUCAGUCUCUUCACUGUCUGGGACUGUUGCUGAGGAGCCGUCAGAGGGUAAGGACCUUUCAGCAGAAGGGGAUCCCAAUUUCCCCAUGUCUGCACUUUCUGAACUUCUGGACAAUGAUGAUGGAUCACAGCCGACCCAGGAUUCAUCCCAGGAUUCAGCGCGACCUGGACCACAGAAUGAUAACAAGCAGAACUCACGAAUAAGGUUCCCAGGGGCCUUCAAAAAAAACCCCAUGGACCUCCUUGAGUCUACCAUGUCUGAGUAUCCAGUGGCACCUGGGCCUAAGAAGGCACCGAUGGACUCCCUGUUUGACUACGGCACAUGUAGAGAGGUCAACAACCAGAAAAAACGCAGGAAGAAACUUCCACGAGGGAAGGCCGAAGUUGAGAUGUCAUGUGACGAGGGAUCCCCGGAGCCCCCUGUUCUUAAAGUCUUCAACCGCUGGCUGCUGUUUGAAGCCGUAUCUCGAGCAGAUCGAAGAGCUCUGGAUGGUCUCCUGCAGUAUCUUCAGUCACAUGAAAAGAGGCUGACAGAUGAGGAGUUCAAAGAACCUUCUACAGGGAAGACGUGUCUACCAAAAGCACUUCUGAACCUACACAAUGGUCACAACGACACCAUCCCUGUGUUGGUGGACAUUGCCGAACAGACAGGAAACCUCAGAGAGUUUAUCAACACGCCCUUCAGAGAUGUGUAUUAUAGGGGUCAGACGGCACUGCAUAUCGCCAUAGAACGACGAUGUAAACAGUAUGUGGAGCUUCUGGUGGAGAAAGGGGCUGAUGUUCAUGCUCAGGCUAGGGGCCGAUUCUUCCAGCCCAGAGAGGAGGGUGGAUACUUCUACUUUGGUGAGCUUCCUCUGUCACUCGCAGCUUGUACCAACCAACCAGACAUGGUGCAUUACCUGACAGAGAACAGCCACAAGGCAGCGGAUCUGCGGAGGCAGGACUCAAGGGGAAAUACAGUCCUGCACGCCCUGGUCCGUAUCGCUGACAACACCCGGGACAACACGCGUUUUGUCACCAAGAUGUACGACUUGCUGCUCAUUAAAUGUGCCAAACUCUACCCAGACUGCAACUUGGAGAAUGUACUCAACAAUGAUGGCAUGUCCCCUCUCAUGAUGGCCGCCAAGCUGGGCAAAAUUGGGGUGUUCCAGCACAUUAUCCGGAGAGAGAUAAAAGAUGAGGAGGUUCGACAUCUUUCCCGGAAAUUUAAGGACUGGGCUUAUGGACCCGUAUACUCCAGCCUGUAUGAUCUUUCUUCACUGGAUACCUGUGGAGAGGAAGUCUCUGUUCUGGAGAUUCUCGUCUACAACAGCAGGAUUGAGAAUCGGCAUGAGAUGUUAGCGGUUGAACCGAUAAACGAGCUGCUGAGAGCAAAGUGGCAGAAGUUUGCUGCUGUGACCUUCUACAUCAGUGUGGUUUCCUACCUUGUCACCAUGAUCAUCUUCACUCUGGUUGCCUAUUAUCGCCCAUCAGUGGGUAAACCCCCUUACAGCUACAACACCACAGAAGACAAGCUGCGCUUGGCAGGGGAGAUCAUAACCGUGCUUUCUGGAGUCUUUUUCUUCAUAACAAAUAUUAAGGACCUUUUCCUGAAGAAGUGCCCGGGGGUGAAUUCUUUAUUUAUUGAUGGAUCCUUUCAACUUCUCUACUUCAUCUACUCCGUGUUGGUGCUGGUGAGUGCAGCGCUGUACCUGUCAGGGAUUGAGGCCUACGUGUGUGUGAUGGUGUUUGCUUUAGCGCUAGGCUGGAUGAACACCCUCUAUUUUACCAGAGGCCUUAAACUUACUGGAACUUACAGCAUCAUGAUUCAGAAGAUUCUCAUCAAAGAUUUGUUCCGGUUCCUACUGGUCUACGUGCUCUUCAUGAUCGGCUAUGCGUCAGCAUUAGUGUCUCUGCUGGCCAUCUGCCCCGAUAACAAGACAUGUAAUGGCACCUGCCCCAAAUACCCAGAAUGCCGAGAUACAGAACCCUUCAGCGAAUUUCUCUUGGACCUCUUUAAGCUGACCAUAGGCAUUGGAGAGCUGGACGACAUGUUAAAAGGCGCAAAAUAUCCCGUCGUCUUCCUCAUUCUCCUGGUCACCUACAUUAUUCUCACCUUCGUCCUGUUGCUCAACAUGUUAAUUGCUUUGAUGGGGGAGACGGUGGGACAGGUGUCUAAAGAGAGCAAGCAGAUCUGGAAACUGCAGUGGGCAACUACUAUCCUGGACAUUGAGCGGUCCUUCCCUGUGUGUCUGCGCAAGUCUUUCCGUGUUGGAGAGAUGGUUACUGUGGGCAAGGGCUUGGAUGGAACGCCAGACAAACGAUGGUGCUUCAGAGUGGACGAGGUCAAGUGGUCCCACUGGAAUCAAAAUCUGGGGAUCAUAAAUGAGGAUCCAGGACAGAAAGACCUUUACGAACAAACACAGGGUGGACGGGGCCUUCGAAGAGAUCGCUGGUCCACUGUCGUCCCAAGAGUGGUCGAACUGAACAGGGGCUCCAGAGACCAUAUCGUGGAGUUAGAGCCUCUCACAAGCCGACACAGACAUAAGUCUGAAAGCUAAAUCUGCAUGCUAAGGACUUAAAUCAAGGUCAAGCCCUUGAAACUUUUAGUACUGGGCAGACAGUUAUGUUUUUUAGAAAAGCUGACGAUAGUUCUAGAGUUUUAAAUCACUAUUGUUUUUUUUUUAUCAUAGCUCUAUGUAUUAUGACCUUUAAAGGUCUCCUGAUAUAUACAGAUUUUGUUUAUGAUGAUUAUGUUUUACAUGUAUAUUUGGACCCAUGAGACACUCAGGAAUCUAUUUGAUAUAUAAUAUUGUAGUGAUUUUCAUGGAGUGUGCAAUAGAUUUUAAAAACAAGACUUUUGUUUAUUAUUAUUUUGAUCAAAAAACACUCCACAAGGUCUUGGAUAUGAGUAUCGGCGUCUGUCUGCUCUAUUGAUUCCUGCUGACAUUUUUUUGUGGAUUAUAUGGAAAAGGUUAUAUUUUAAUCAAUAAUCAUAUCAGAUUACCUCAGUGUUAAAUGUGCCUUGUGAUAAAGUACAGUCCUUUUUUUAAUGAAAAAUCGUAUUGUUAUUCUUUUGUUAUAUUGCAAACCCAUAAUGGAAAGACAAAAAUGCUGCUCUGAUUUGGCCUUUGGCUUUGUUUUGUAAUAAAGGUCAUGCAGAAAACAGAUGUGCCACCCACACCAGGAGUGUGCGCAAUGCCAGACAGCAGCAGUUUGCUAUUUUCACCUCAGUAUGCUAGCAAUAGUGUGACACUGAACUUAAUUGGUGUGAUAGUGGUAAUGAUUUAAAGCGACUGGUUCAAUUUAGAGGUUUCUUAUUUCACUGAUUAAACCCAUGCCGAAAAGACACAAUGGAACAUUUUGUAAGGGAACUAUUUUAUGUAUUUUUAAUAUAUUGUAUAUAUUAAAAAUGUAUUUUUUUUUCCCUCCAUUUGUGACAAUGGACCACAAAACCAGUCAAAAAUAAGGGUUUGUUAGGAUAGGACAAAUAUUUGGCCAACUAGUUGAAAAUCUGGAAUCUGAGGGUGCAAAAAAAUCUAAAUAUUGAGAAAAUCACCUUUAAAGUUGGCAAAAUAAAGUUCUUGGCAAUGCAUAAUACUAAUCAAAAAUUAAGUUUUUAUAUAUGUACGGUAGGAAAUGUACAAAAUCUCUUUAUGAAACAUAAUCUUAAUAUCCUAAGGAUUUUUGGCAUCAAAUAAAUUUAUAAUUUUGACCCAUACAGUGUGUUGUUGGCUAUUGCUACAAAUAUACCGGUGCUACUUAUGACUUGUUUUGUGGUCCAGGGUCACAUAUUUAUUUAUUUUUUUUUUUUUUUUAAGUCCAUAAAGUAUGACUGUAACAGGGAUCUGUGUUUUUGUUUACAGGCCUGAUUUCCACACUUGGUUCAUUUCAAAUAUCCUUUAUAUUGUGUUAGACACUAAGUAUAGUUUAGGUAUGGAAGGAAUGUACAGAAAUAGAUAAUAUAUUCUUGGUAGCAGAUAUUAUCCUGUCAGUAUGUUAUAUGUUUGAUGCUGCUGUCGAUAAACAUUAUUUCAUGUACUGGAUUGGAUGACUAUUCAAAUAAUCAGAGAGAUUUGUUUCAUCAACAAUAAAGAGAUUCUGGAUCAUCCACUCUUAACCAUCUGAAA